AUGGGGAUUUUCCAUCUUUCAGAUUUCACGCAGUUGCCUGUGACAACUCCUGUUGAGGAAACUGAGACAGGAACAUCUUGUAUCAACUGUUGCACCUGUACCUGCCACAAUGAGAAGUUGCAUAAGAUCUUUUCAGAUCCCAGUCUAAUUGGUCCAUGUUUCUGAAUUCUUCCUUGUAACCUUCGCAAGCAGACAAAAUGAAGUUGAAGCAUAACAUCAACCCUAUUCUUCUACAGUUUAUAAACUUUGUAAUUUUGGUGUACACCAUUGUAACGUACAUUCCGUGGUACAUAUUUUCAGGGUCAAGGCAGGCUAUAGCAAAAGCCAAGCAGGUUAAAGCUAAACCUGUGAAUAGCAAGCCUGGGGCUGCAUACAGAUCUGUUAACAGUCUACAUUGCUUAGCUUCAGUUUUAUAUCCUGGGUGUGAUACACUUGACAAGGUUUUUAAAUAUGCUAAAACUAAAUUUAAGGACAGAAAGCUCUUGGGAACACGUGAGAUCCUAAAAGAGGAAGAUGAAAUCCAACCAUCAGGAAAAGUUUUUAAAAAGGUCAUCCUUGGCAAGUACACCUGGCUUUCAUAUGAAGAUGUAUACAUUAAAGCUGUUAAUUUUGGAAAUGGCUUAGCAGUAUUGGGUCAGCAACCAAAGACUAACAUUGCUAUCUUUUGUGAGACUAGAGCUGAGUGGAUGAUUGCAGCACAAGCCUGUUUCAUGUGCAACUACCAGCUUGUUACUCUGUAUGCUACUCUGGGAGGCCCAGCAAUAGUACAUGGGCUGAAUGAAACAGAGGUGACCACCAUCAUUACUAGUAAAGAACUGAUGCAAACAAAGCUGAAGGAAAUUGUUUCUCAAGUUCCACUGCUGCGACAUAUUAUUACAGUGGAUGGCAAACCAACGACAUGGUCAGAGUUUCCCAAGGGUGUCAUUGUUCAUACUAUGGCUUCUGUGCAAGCUAUGGGGGCCAAGGCAGAUACUGGAAACAAACAGCAGGCCAGGCCUGUGCCCUCAGAUAUUGCAGUGAUCAUGUACACAAGUGGAUCCACAGGAGUUCCCAAAGGAGUUAUGAUCUCCCAUUGCAAUAUAAUUGCUGGGAUAACAGGAAUGGCUGAGAGGAUUCCAAAUCUGGGGGAAAAAGAUAUCUAUAUUGGCUAUUUGCCUCUUGCCCACGUUCUGGAGCUGAGUGCUGAACUUGUGUGUCUGUCUCAUGGAUGCCGCAUUGGUUACUCUUCACCUCAGACGCUAGCUGACCAGUCAUCUAAAAUAAAGAAAGGAAGCAAAGGUGAUGUUACUACGCUUAAGCCAACCCUAAUGGCAGCUGUCCCGGAAAUUAUGGAUCGUAUCUACAAAAAUGUCAUGAAUAAAGUGAAUGAAAUGACUACUUUCCAGCGGAAUCUAUUUAUAUUGGCCUACAACUACAAAAUGGAACAGAUUUCCAAAGGUUACACAACCCCUCUCUGCGAUAGCCUUAUUUUCCGGAAAGUACGAAUGCUGCUAGGUGGAAAGAUUCGCGUCCUGCUUUGUGGAGGAGCUCCACUCUCUGCAGCAACUCAGCGGUUUAUGAACAUUUGUUUCUGUUGCCCUGUAGGACAGGGGUAUGGGCUAACUGAAUCAUGUGGAGCUGGAACAAUUAUGGAAGUUUGGGACUACACUACAGGGAGAGUGGGAGCACCUUUGGUCUGUUGUGAAAUCAAGUUAAUGAACUGGGAAGAAGGUGGAUAUUACAACACUGAUAAACCAUAUCCUAGAGGUGAGAUUCUUAUUGGAGGGCCAAAUGUGACUGUGGGCUACUACAAAAAUGAAGUACGGACCAAAACAGAUUUCUCUGUUGAUGAGAAUGGGCAGAGGUGGCUCCAUACUGGUGACAUUGGAGAAUUUCAUCAAGAUGGAUGUCUAAAAAUUAUUGAUCGUAAAAAAGAUCUUGUAAAACUCCAGGCAGGGGAAUAUGUUUCUCUUGGCAAAGUAGAAGCAGCUCUAAAGAGUCUUCCACUGGUAGAUAAUAUUUGUGCAUAUGCAAGCAGUUUCCAUUCUUAUGUCAUUGGAUUUGUUGUGCCAAAUCAAAAGGAACUUGCAGAACUAGCUCGAAAGAAAGGAUUUAAAGGAACCUGGGAAGAGAUCUGUAACAGUCCUGAGAUGGAAAAAGAGGUACUGAAGGUGCUAGCUGAGGCUGCCAUGGCAGCUAAUCUGGAGAAGUUUGAAAUACCAGUAAAAAUUCGCUUGAGCCCUGAUCCUUGGACCCCUGAGACUGGUCUGGUGACAGAUGCGUUCAAGCUAAAACGCAAAGAGCUCACAGCAUACUAUCAGAUGGACAUUGAUCGAUUGUAUGGAAAAAAUGUAAAAUAAUUCCUUUUUUCUGCACCACUUUUCUACAGUGAGCUUGGAUCAAAUAGGAAAUACUUGAAUUGCCUGUCUCAGCACUUGAGGUCAAUACAGGAAACUACCAUCCCUCAUUUUCAGCUUAAACCUGUUAUUUCUGAUAACAUCACCAUGAUGACUGGCAACUUUAGUAAAAUGUUAUGGCAGCAAACCUGUGUCUGUCUCCUUUUUUCUGGUCUUCUCUGCUACCUUGUCAGUCUGUGAUUUUUCCCCAAGUCUUUUUGGGAAACCGUGUUUCUGAAGCCUCAAGUUUUUAAACACUUAUAAAUCCUGUAUAAUGUUUUAUUUGUAUCUUUAAAAUUUGGAUGUAUAUAAAGAGAACUUGGCUAUAUAAGAAAUGGUUAUACUGGAGGCCUUUUUUUACCUAAUUAUUUAAAGAUAAGAAGGUAUUGAUGUUGUGACAUUAUAUACAUUGAAAAUGCUUGUAACAAGGUCAUUGUCAAACAGAGAACCAUGUUGUUUGUUGCUGUGCUAGUUUUCUGUGUGAAUUUGAGGGAGAAAAUGUUUGACAUUCCAGCUUCUGUAAUACACUUCUAAUAUGUGCCUAAUGGUUACUUUUAUCUGAAAAUGAAAAGGUGGUCAUGGCACAGCUCUGCAUAAAGGCAGGUACCCUUGCAGGUAUUAGUUUGUGCUUAUUUAAUGCAAAAGAUGCUAUUAACACAGCGGAAGUUAAACCUAAGAAUAAUCUCUCAAAUACAGAAACUCCUUUUUGACAUGGCUCAUGACCAUUUCAUCCAGUAGUUGAAUUGUGUAAAGCUAAUAUGAAAUCUCAGCAUAAAUUCACGUAACACUUUGUAAGUUUGACAGUGUCCUCUCCUUUUAGCAGAGGGACUAUAACAGCUUUUGUUGUUUCUCGUUAGGUUUGGACAUUACACUUGGUUUGCUCUUCCAUUGUUUGUGAGAGUCUGGCAAAACCCCUGUUCUGCCUAGCUGCAACCCAAAUCCAGCUGGGGGGAUUUUUAAAGUCAUAAUGACAGUUAUGUUCUCAGCUCACACAGUGCCUAGCUGCCCUUUGUGCCAUUAAAAAUCUCCCUUUAAUUGUGUGUUCUUCUAUUUAUAAUUUUUUGCUUUAAAAACCCAUAUUUGAAGUAUUUGUCAGCUGGAGUUACUUAUGUUGCUCGGUUUGUUACACCCAGUUCUUACCUUGGGAAGGAGUUUCAAUUCCUGUUUUACUAUAGAUACGUGAGUAUUGUUUGACAAACUAAGGGGGAUCUUUUCCUCUUCAGAGAAUGUUUAGGUUUGUUUCAGAUGUGAAUUUUAUUUUCAGAAUAUUUCUAGAAAGACUGUUUUAAGCAGGGUUACAUGAGAAUGUGGAAAGGCAUAACAUCAGUCAACUUCUUGAUGGAGCAAAUAUUAAAAUGGCUUUAAUUUGGAAA